CUGCCCGCCCUUCUUUUCCUCUCCUGCGCCCGCCCGCCCAAUUUUUCCCAGGGAAGGAAAGCAGAGCGAAGGGAGCAGCUGCCGCCUCGUCCUCCAGUCCUUUCUGGCUCCGGUGGUGCUGAGUGAGGAGGGUGCCGCCGGCUGCCUCUCUCUCUCCCCCGCUGGGGAACGGGGAGCCCCGGGCGGAGAGGAGCCACAGAAGGUCGCCGCCCAGAGGAGGCGCCCCCAAUGGCUUCGGUGCGCCCCGGCAGAAUAUAUUGACUCUGAAUUGUACUGAAGACAGAGAUACACAGGCUGCAAUGGUGACAUAAACUGCUAAAAUUGAACUGGAAUAAAUUCUGAAACUCAAUGCAGUCAAAACGGGAAAGCAUCUUGGCUUGACUUACAACAUGACUUUUAUUGUGAAACUUCAUAGACAUUUUCAACGAACAGUAAUAUUACUAGCUACGUUUUGUAUGGUGAGCAUUGUUAUUUCAGCAUAUUAUUUAUACAAUGGCUACAAGCAAGAAAAUGAAGCUUCUGAACUUUCUUCGGAGGUUGAAUGUGGAGAUCUUCCAGUGCUGCUAUCUCCAUGGAAGAAAAUUAAGACCAGGGAACCACUAAGGACUGACCCUGUCGUGCUUGUAUUUGUGGAAAGUCAGUACUCUGUACUUGGUCAAGAUAUAGUCAUGAUAUUAGAAUCCAGCAGGUUCCAAUAUCACAUAGAGAUUGCUUCUGGGAAAGGUGACCUUCCUGUACUGAUAGAUAAAAAUAAAGGCAAGUAUCUUCUAAUAAUAUAUGAAAAUAUUUCUAAAUAUGUGAAUAUGGAUUCCUGGAAUCGGGGCCUUCUAGAUAAAUACUGUGGGGAAUUCAGUGUAGGGAUGAUUGGGUUUCAAAAAAGCAAUGAUAAUACUUUGCAGACUUUUAAGUUAAAAGGUGUUCCUUUCCAGAUUCAUGGCAAUGUAGGUAUAAAAGACUGUUGCAUCAAUCCUCAUUCUUCUUUGCUCCAUCUAACAAAACCAUCCAAGCUUGAUAAAGGGCCUUUGCCUGGAAGUGACUGGACAGUUUUCCAUAUAAAUCAUUCAGCUUACCAACCUGUUGUAUUUGCAAAAGUAAGAGUACCUGAAAACCUUCCUCCGGCUGCUAUUAAAAAUGUUCUACACGCAACAGUUAUUCAUGACUUGGGUCUUCAUGAUGGAAUUCAGCGUGUUCUUUUUGGUAACAAUUUGAACUUCUGGCUGCACAAACUCAUCUUUAUAGAUGCUGUCUCAUUUUUGACUGGAAAGAGACUUCCGUUGUCCCUGGAUAGAUACAUACUUGUAGAUAUUGAUGACAUCUUUGUUGGAAAAGAGGAAACAAGAAUGAAAGCCACUGAUGUUCAGGCUCUGCUGGAUACUCAGAACCUUUUGAGAGCUCAAAUUACAAAUUUUACUUUCAAUCUGGGAUUUUCAGGGAAAUUUUACCACACAGGCACUGUAGAAGAAGAUGAAGGAGAUGACCUGUUACUGGGGUCUGUUGAUGAAUUCUGGUGGUUUCCUCAUAUGUGGAGUCACAUGCAACCACAUCUGUUCCAUAAUGAAUCUUCACUAGUGGAGCAAAUGAUUCUCAACAAAAAAUUUGCCUUAGAACAUGGCAUCCCAACUGAUAUGGGAUAUGCUGUGGCUCCACACCAUUCCGGCGUCUAUCCUGUUCAUGUUCAACUUUAUGAUGCCUGGAAAAAAGUUUGGAAUAUCAAAAUCACCAGUACAGAAGAAUAUCCACAUUUAAAACCUGCACGGUACAGAAGAGGUUUCAUUCACAAAAACAUCAUGGUUCUUCCUCGACAAACUUGUGGCCUUUUUACUCAUACAAUUUUCUACAAAGAAUAUCCUGGUGGUCCAAAAGAACUAAACAAAAGUAUACAAGGCGGGGAAUUAUUUUUCACAGUAGUUCUCAAUCCAAUCAGUAUUUUUAUGACUCACCUGUCUAAUUAUGGCAAUGACCGGUUGGGUUUAUACACCUUUGUCAAUCUGGCCAAUUUUGUUCAAAGUUGGACUAACCUGAAGCUGCAGACUCUACCUCCACUUCAGCUGGCUCACAAAUACUUUGAACUAUUUCCAGAACAAAAGGAUCCACUAUGGCAGAAUCCUUGUGAUGACAAACGACACAGAGAUAUCUGGUCUAAAGAAAAAACUUGUGAUCGUUUACCAAAAUUCCUGGUUAUUGGACCACAAAAAACUGGCACAACGGCUUUAUAUUUGUUCCUGAUUAUGCAUCCUUCCAUCAUUAGUAACUCCCCCAGCCCCAAAACCUUUGAGGAGGUACAGUUCUUUAAUAGAAAUAACUACCACAGGGGGAUUGAUUGGUAUAUGGAAUUUUUUCCUACACCAUCCAAUGUAACCACUGAUUUUCUCUUUGAGAAGAGUGCCAAUUAUUUUCAUUCUGAAGACGCUCCUAAACGAGUUGCUUCAUUAAUUCCUAAGGCAAAAAUCAUAACUAUUCUCAUUGAUCCAUCAGAUCGAGCAUAUUCCUGGUAUCAGCACCAAAGAUUUCACAAAGACCCAGCUGCUCUAAAAUUUACAUUUUAUCAAGUGAUCACUGCAGGACACCAUGCUUCAUCAGAACUUAAGAUGUUGCAGAAGAAAUGUCUGAUACCUGGAUGGUAUGCCAUUCAUCUGGAAAGAUGGUUAACAUAUUUCCCACCUUAUCAGUUACUAAUUAUCGAUGGACAGCAGUUGAGAAAUGACCCAGCUAUAGUAAUGGAAGAAGUGCAGAAGUUUCUGGGAGUUACUCCUCAUUAUAAUUAUUCAGAAGCUCUAACGUUUGACUCACACAAAGGUUUUUGGUGUCAACUUCUGGAAGAAGGAAAAACAAAAUGUCUUGGAAAGAGCAAAGGGAGAAAAUACCCUCCAAUGGACUCUGAGUGCAGGGUUUUUCUGUCAAGCUACUACAGAGAUCACAAUGUGGAACUAUCAAAACUUCUACACAAAUUGGGACAACCGUUGCCAUCGUGGCUGAGACAGGAGUUGCAAAAAGUGAGAUAGCACAAGGACUCUUCUUGACUUAAAAUACAAACAAACUUAAGUUUCCAGGAAACUAUCGGAACUAAGGCUCUUCAACUUGAAAGAAAGGAUUGAGAUUUGUGUGAUAUAUUGUCAACUGGAUUCUAAAAAAUUGUAUGCGUUUAUCUCUGACAGUACACGGGUUUCAUAACAAUGUAAAGAUAGAUGGAGGUAGCUCAAAGCUUAAUCUAUCAUGGCCUUCAGCUCUGUCAGAAAUAUGAAAAUGCAUCAUGUAACUCCUAUUCAAUGCAAUGGUAAGUGGAUUGUGUUUAGAGACCACUCUGUGGCAUCAAAUGUCAAAUGUUUGGGUUAAAACUUCAAGAAGAAGAUCUAUAUAAUGUUCCAAAACCAGAACAAAUAUUUACAAUUUUAUAUAGUUUAUUCCUAUCACUUUAAUAAUAUCGUGUGUGUCUCUCUCAUGCUGAUUUUGUAAAUUACCUCCUCUGCUCAGUUUUCAAAUAAUUGAAUUACACUGGUGACUUUUUUUUAAAGGUAACAAAAAUGUAGCACAAAAUGCCAAGCCUACUCCCACUUCACAGUUCUGGUUUAGAAACAUAGAACUGGAUUUUAAUUCAGUGAAUGUGGAGUAAGAAUAUAUAUUAUUUUAAAAAGUAAGGAUUCUUCCCAAUUGGCCUAAAUUCUGGGAAUAGCAUCAGCACAAUAUAGAAGCAGUUUGCCAUUGCCUUCUUCCGGAACUGUUUUAUGAAUCCUCAGUUUAAGUGACACUGCUUAAUUAUUGAGAUCAGCCAAUGAGCAAUAUUAGCAAGUAAGAAUUACCAUUACUGGAAUAUGCAUAUAUUAGAAUUCAUUUUAUCUGUUCAUUCUGUCAUCAGAAUUGGGAGUUUUCAUAAAUGUGAAGAUUUCUAGAAGAGAUGGACAGGUGCCUUAACUCAGCUGCUAUGCUAUAUCAGGGGAAAAACUAUACAGUAUAUCCAUCUAGAUAUGGAUCCGGAAAAAUGCUAGAUACAGACAGGAGUGUUCCUAGGCCUGCUGUCUCAUUCCAUUGUCCUUUGGGAGAUUUGAGGCUUCAGCAAUUGGAGGAACAAUACUGUUUUGUAAUAUAAAUGAUUUACCUAUUAAAACCAAGAGCUUAUAGGAUGCUAACAUGCUCACAGUUCCCUCAUGUGUCACCAGCUUUUACACAGCUGUUUAUGCACAGAGAUUCCCACAGUCCUGACUGACAGCAAGAAAACAGAAUAUGUUCUCAAACCACUGUCAACAGAGCGUUGAGGAAAUCAUGGUUCCAUUAGAAGCACUGAGACAUUUAAAACCACAAUAAAAUUAUAUUGAUUUAAGUAUGCAGUUGCUUCUACACACUCUUUCUCGCUUGUAUCCCACCCAGGGGUGGUAUCCACUUACCUUCGUUACCGCUUGCAUGUGCCACCUCUGCACAUGCGCAGGGCCUUCCGCGCUUGCGCAGAGCGUCAAAAAGGGGAUGUGAUGAUAUCCGGGCAGGUGGGCGGAGCCUCCACAGCCGCCGCUACUGGUUCUCCCAAAUUGGAUAGAACCGGCUGAAUACCACCACUGAUCCCACCACCUCUACUUCCCUAAAUACUAUUCAACUUGGUAGGUUGAUAAACAGUCGUUGGAAAAAUAGAGGCUGCAAUGUUUUCAUACAGAACCAGUCAAAAGCUGGUGGGCCUCAGAAUUCCUUUAUCCUCCACAAAGUUUCACCGAUUCAUAAAUUUGGCAGCUGUGGAUGGGAUUAAGGUUUCCAGAUGGAAUUAAGGCUUUCUGGUUUUUUCCCACACGGACACACAGAUAAUAUUAUAUAUGCUAAAAAUGGAUGCGCUAAGCUAGGCAUUAAUCAGGUAAUCAUCCAAGCAGGCCUUUGAUUGUGAAAUAUCAUACAACUCCCAAACUCCAACCUCUGCCAUAUCUAGACACUAAGAAAAUAUUUAGAUCACAAUUUAAAAGAAAAAUCUCAAGAGAAAGAAGAUAAAAACCGAACUCGUUUAUGCCUGGGGAAAGUAUUGGACAUAACCCACCCUAUUAUUGAUGCUUAAUUGAUGCUCUUCAAGCAAAUAAAAGCUAAUAAAGCAAAUAAAAUAUAUUUAAACAAUUAAUGUGCUGCUGUUGCCUUUGAAAGCAAUAUGCACAGUUUUAAAGAUGUGACAAAAUGUUGGCUUGAGUUAGUAGUGAUGAUCAAUGUUUUAGAAGACUACGAAGAGUAAAUCUAAAUACUAUUAUAAGCCAAUUUUACCUUAACUACCAACUGUCCCAUGAUGCCUCAUAUCCAAAAAAUAUGUUCAGUAUUGGUUGAAUGUAAGCUAAAAUAUAUACUUGGAAUAAAAACAUUGCUGUGUUCUAUUGAAAUCCAUAUGGUUAAUUAAAUAUCCAAAACGUUGCCCAGCCAAAGGUAACAUUCUCUUAGUUUAAAUAUUCUUUAAAAAGACUUCAAAUUGGUGUAAAUUGAAAGACAUUCCAUACUUUAGGGGAAAAAACUCUUUAAUAAAAAUUAUUUAAAAAUAAAAAACCUUUACGGAGUAGGAAGCUCCUUUAGCUUUAGUCCAAUUUCAAUCAAUUAUUGGAAGUCAGCACUUUAAUACAAUGUACAAGUUUUUCUACUGUACCUCUCUCAUUACCUUUUGUGAACAAAUGUAAAAUUGUUCUUGGACAUGUAUGCACUCUCCUGUUCAUUUGUGAAAAGAUUUUUUUGCUGAAGAGUGAUUCACUUCGUCCUUUAUAGAGGUGCAGUCAUUUCUGCACAAUAUGGUAGAAGUGCAGAGAACUUUUAUGUGUUUUUUUUUUCCUUUUGUGGUAUCUGAAUAAUGGGAUCUCAUUAGCUGAAUGUCUGCAUAAAGCAGAGAAUAUAUCAAAAACAGUGUUUCUUUCAACCGACCCCUUCCAGAUAUGAGCUAAGAAAUUUUGGGUCUUUAAUUUAAUACAUCUAGAAGUAUGGGGAAAGACUACCCUAAAAUAUUAAGUUUCUAAAGAAUUACUCUGUAAUAUGCAGUGGUUCUGUGACAGAGGUUUCUGAGUAAACACUGCAAUGUAAGCCAGUAUUCUGUAAAUUUGGUCUUAAAGCAUUCAAAAAAAUCACAUAAGCAUCUAAUAUCUUGCUUAAGUGAGACUUCAUGCCAAUGUAUGCAUAUGUGCCUGUAUGUGUAUACCUAUAAAAGCAGAGACAUACAUAUAUUUCACAGAUCCUUCACAGGAAUUUACAGAAUAAAACUGAUGUGACUUGAGUUGGCUGUAAGAAACAGGUGAAAAUAAAACUCAAUUUUAAAACUAUCUGAAGGACAGUUAAAGGGGGAGUCAGGUGACAGAAAUAGAAACACAGAUAUUAAUCACAUAUUCCAAGAAAAUUGUGUAUGUUUCUAUUGCAAUAUUUGCCCAAUUCUGCACAUGAGAAAACUAUUAUUAAUAUAUUGUACAGAUUAUACUUUAUUAUUGCUAAAAUGUGAAGCUUCCUCAGGAAGAAUUUAAAAAAAAAGAUAUUUCAGUGUUGAUAGAUGUAAUAUUCUUCUCAUUCACAUUGAAUGAAAAUCUAUGGAAAUGUAUUUCUCAAAAUUUUUAAAAUAAAAUAAAACUGGACAUUA